GGUUCUGUUUCGUGCUCCCGUGUGGGUGACAGACCCCCGUUCUCUGGUGUGGGGGGUGCCGCACCGUGGGUGACGUCCCCAGCGUGUCUGCUCCUGCAGGGACAGUGGGUGUGUCGAGGAGGGUGAGGCAGAGGCAGGCCUUACCCCUGUCGCUGCGCCGCGAGUGCGUUUGUUUCUGUCCCCUCUGCUGCCACGGAUCAUCUUUGAAGCAGUCACUCCAGGCAGUCACCUGGCUGUGGGCCGUGAGUCCUGGAGCUUCAGGCCCCCAGGACCUGGGACUCAUCCGGAAAGCUCCAGGGAGAGGGAGCCUCUGGCGGCUGGAGCUGCUGCGCUGGGGACACGUUUUGUAACUUUUGCUUUGGUUUCUGAAGAUGCAAAGAAAGAGGUCAUGCGGUCUCAGGAUUUGGAGAAUCCAAGUGGUGUAUCAAGGAGAAAUGACAUAGACUUAAAAGGAAUUGUAUUUGUCAUCCAGAGUCAAAGUAAUCCUUUUCAUGCAAAGAGAGCAGAGCAAUUAAAAAAAAACAUCUUAAAGCAGGCAGCAAAUCUUAAACAGGAGCUCCCCAGCGUCCUCCUCCUCCAUCAGCUGGCCGAGCAGGAAGGUGCCUGGACUGUGCUUCCGCUGCUGCCGCACUUUUCUGUAACAUACAGCAGAAAUUCAUCAUGGAUUUUCUUCUUUGAAGAAGAGACAAGAAUACGGAUUCCAAAACUCUUAGAAACAUUCAGCAGAUACGACCCCUCAAAGGAAUGGUUUUUAGGAAAAGCAUUGCAUGAUGAAGAAUCUACAAUAAUUCACCAUUACGCCUUUUCUGAAAAUCCUGCAGUUUUUAAAUAUCCAGAUUUUGCUGCUGGUUGGGCCCUUAGUUUCCCACUUGUAAACAAGCUUACCAAGAAAUUAAAGAGUGAAUCCCUGAAAUCCGACUUUACAAUAGAUUUAAAACAUGAGAUUGCCCUCUACAUCUGGGACAAAGGCGGGGGGCCUGCCCUCACCCCCGUGCCUGAGUUCUGCACAGCUGCCGUGGACUCCAACUGUGCUACCACGUUCCGUUCUUUCCUCCCACUUUGUGGAGAACCAGUAAAGAAGGAGAAUAUUUUCGUUGCAGUAAAAACAUGCAAGAAAUUUCAUGGUGACAGAAUACCCAUCGUCAAGCAGACUUGGGAGGGCCAGGCAAGUCUCAUCGAGUACUACAGUGACCAUGCUGAAAGCUCCAUUCCUACUGUGGAUUUGGGCAUUCCUAAUACAGACAGAGGUCAUUGUGGAAAGACAUUUGCCAUUUUGGAAAGAUUUCUGAAUCGUAGCCAUGACAAAAUAGCAUGGUUAGUCAUUGUGGAUGAUGAUACGUUAAUAAGUGUCUCCCGGCUGCGGCGCCUGCUCAGCUGCUACGACGCCCGCGAGCCCGUGUUCCUGGGAGAGCGCUACGGCUACGGCCUGGGCACCGGCGGCUACAGCUACGUCACCGGCGGAGGAGGGAUGGUCUUCAGCAGAGACGCCGUCAGGAGGCUGCUCGCCAGCUGCUGCCGAUGCUACAGCAAUGACGCUCCCGACGACAUGGUCCUGGGCAUGUGCUUCAGCGGGCUGGGGGUGCCCGUGACUCACAGCCCUCUCUUCCACCAGGCCCGGCCAGUGGAUUACCCUAAGGACUACCUUUCUCAUCAAGUUCCCAUAUCGUUCCACAAACACUGGAACAUCGAUCCAGUGAAGGUGUAUUUCACAUGGUUGGCUCCCAGCAAGGAAGACAGAGCCGGGCAGGAGACGCAAAAGAGUUUUAGAGAAGAGUUAUAAACCACGGUGGCCUCUGAGCACGGUUUGGGCAGGAAACAGAGCUGGAGACUGCGGCAUCGUCCACUGUGCUGUGCUCAUGCUGCUCGUGUGGCCAUGUGGCAUCGGACGCUUCCUGACUUUAGGUGGAAAUUAUGUUUAUGGUAUGUUUUGAUGGAGGAAGAAAAGGAGUCAAGGGGAAAUAGUUUUU